AUGCCCCCGUUGGCACUCGAAUAUGAUGCCCCACUAGACUUGGAAAGUAUCGUGACACCUUGGAAGCUACCCUCCCAGACCACGUACGUCUUCACCAACGCAAGUGUCAUCGAUCCGUUAGACGGAAGCGUUAAACACAAUGCAGCUGUCAAACUUAGCGGUGGCCUGGUCGUGUCUGUUGGAGAACGAGUAUCUGAGGCGCAGGGCGAUCAAGAGGGAGUAGAAGAAAUCGAUCUGGAUGGCAAGUACAUCUUGCCAGGCCUCUGGGACUGCCACGUGCAUUUGGGGGCCGUACCCGGAAGCAUGAAUUUUGAGGAGCUUCUUCAGUCUCCGGCGCCUGAUCUUCUUCUUCGACAGCCAGAAGUCGGGCAAGCAAUGAUUGACCGAGGGUUUACGACAGUCAGAGACUGCGGUGGAGCUUUGCUGCCAGUCAAGGAAGCGUUCGAGGCAGGCAUACACCCCGGGCCGCGUAUGUUCAUCGCUGGCCGUCAACUUACUCAGUCCGGAGGCUCUGGUGAUCAUCGGCCUCGGAGAGACGACAGUGAUUGCUGUGGAGGCGCCAGGCAACUGGGUUGUCGAACCGUAGACGGUGUGCCGGAGUGCCUAAAGUUCGCCCGAGAGGAGUUGCGACUUGGGGCAGACUUCAUCAAAAUCAUGGGGGGAGGCGCUGUUGCAAGCCCGAGAGCGACGCUAGAAGACAUCGAUUUUACUGACGAGGAGAUCAGAGCGAUCACAACCGUCACUUCAAAUGCGGGAACGUUCACAACCGCACAUGCAUACACACCUCGAGUUAUUCAGCACGCAAUCCACAAUGGCGUUUUGGGCAUCGAGCAUGGCAACUAUCUGGACAAAGCCACCGCCGACCUUAUGGCCCAGAAAGGAGCAUUUCUGACUCCGACCCUGGCGGCCUACGCUGCAGCAGCUAUGCCGGAGUUUCAUGCGUUUGUUGGCGAAAAUUCAAGAAAGAAGCUUCAGGCCACUGUGGAAAGAGGCCUUGACUCUAUAAAGAUCGCGAAAGAAGCCGGCGUCACCAUUUGCUUUGGCACUGAUCUUCUCGGGCCACUGCAUUUUGCACAAACGAAAGAGUUUGUCAUAAGAAGCGCUGUGCAGACACCACUCGAAAUCCUGCAGAGCGCCACUGUGAACGCAGCUCGCAUGAUGAGGCACCAGGACUCGUUGGGUCGAGUUGCCCCCGGAUUCAUUGCCGAUCUUCUUAUACUCAAUGCCAAUCCACUGGAAGACAUCACAGUGUUGGACAGGCCUGAUAGACAUUUGUUGGCAGUCUUCAAAGAGGGAAGGCUCAUGACCUCACGCUGGUCGAGGCUUGAGCCAAGGAGUCGUCGGCCCGCGAUGAUCUUGUAG